UUUGCGAAUGUUAAUAAUUUUUUUUGCUCAGUUUUUCCUGUUGCCGGCAGCCCGUUUUGGGAUGUCAAGGGAAGCCUCUCCAGUCCUAUUGGAUAUACAGCAAGGCUAUGCAGUGAUGAGUAAUGGCAUCCUUAAAGUCAAUAUGACAGUCCCAGGAGGUUUUGUCAUAGGGAUAUCGUACCAAGCGCUUCAUAAUUUACUCAGCACAGACAACCCACAUAACAAUAGAGGAUAUUGGAGUGUUACGUGGAACCAUCUAACGAAUAAAACACAGAUAAUGGACAAGUUAGAGGGUACAAGCUUCAAAGUCAUAGCACAAAGUGAAGAUCAAGUAGAGGUUUCGUUUACGAGAACGUGGAAUGGUUCUGCAACUCAUCCGCCGUUACAUGUUGAUCGCAGACUUAUAAUGUUGCGGGGGUUGUCGGGUUUCUAUACGUACUCUAUAUAUGAGCGAUUAGAAGGAUGGCCUGGCAUGCAUGUAGGAGAGAACAGGCUUGCGUUCAAACUUCGACAAGAUAUGUUUGAUUACAUGGCUAUCUCAAAUGGGAGACAGAGGAUGAUGCCAACAGAAGAGGAUCGUAAAACUGGGCAGCAACUUGAGUACCCAGAAGCUGUUCUCUUGACAAAUCCAAUUGAUCCAUCUAUCAAAGGAGAGGUUGAUGACAAGUACUUCUAUUCAAAAGAUAGUAAAGACAUUAAGGUUCAUGGGUGGGUUUCUACUAAAAAUGAUCCCCCACUGGGAUUUUGGAUGAUCUGUCCAAGCAUGGAGUUUCGUAUUGGUGGUCCUUUCAAGCAAGAUUUAACGUCUCAUGUCGGCCCCACUUUACUCUCUAAGUUUAGCGGUAGGCAUUAUGCUGGGAGGGGCUUAGAUAUUACGUUUCAAAAUGGAGAGCCAUGGAAAAAGGUUUUUGGUCCUGAAUUUGUGUAUCUCAACUCAGAUUCUUCUGCUGAGAAUGAUCCUUCUCUACUCUGGAAUGAUGCAUGGAAAAGGAUGAAUCAAGAAGUUGAAAACUGGCCAUAUGAUUUUCCACUUUCCAAGGACUACAUGAAAUCUCAGCAAAGAGGAACCGUCAGAGGUCGAUUACUUGUUCAUGAUUGGUUUUCCGAUGAACAACCAGUUCCAGCAUCAAAUGCCUAUGUGGGAUUGGCGCUGCCGGGUGAACCUGGAUCGUGGCAAAAAGAAAACAAGGGAUAUCAAUUCUGGACAGAAGCAGAUAAAGAUGGGAACUUCAUCAUCAAAGGUGUAAUAGUGGGGACUUAUGCUCUACAUGCAACAGUUCCAGGGAGGAUUGGGAACUACAAAUAUGAUAGCUUUGAUGUCAACAUUAAACCAGGUUCUGAUAUUGAACUGGGAGAUUUAGUGUAUAAACCUCCAAGAAAUGGAGCCACACUUUGGGAUAUAGGUGUUGCAGAGCGUACAGCUGCUGAAUUUUACAUCCCAAACCCCGAUCCCAAGUACAAAGUCCACAAAUUCAAAGAUCAACCGAAAAAUAAGUUCAGAGAAUAUGGCCUUUGGAAGCGCUACGCAGAUUUGUAUCCUGAUCGAGAUCUUGUCUUCAUUGUUGGAAAAAGUGACUACUCUAAAGAUUGGUUUUUUGCUCAUGUCACCAGAGAACUUGAAAAUGGAACGUUUGGGGACACCACAAGGCAAAUUGUAUUUGAGCUUCAAAGUGUAAAUAAAACCUCAUAUUACACACUCCAAUUGGCACUGGCAGCAGCCCAUCAAGCAGACAUACAAUUACGUUUCAACGACAAAGAUGCAGAACUUCCCCAUUUCUCGACGGGGAUUAUAGGCACAGACAACGCCGUAGCAAGACAUGGGAUUCAUGGGCUGUAUUGGCUCUUCAGUUUCAGGGUAAGGGGAUCAUGGCUUGUCCCAGGAAACAACACAAUAUUUAUGACUAAUGGAGGAGCUUUCACUCGUUGGAGAGGUCUCUUAUAUGACUAUAUAAGGUUCGAAGGUCCUGACCAGUUUAAGGUUUCUAUGUAAUAUGUAACAAUUAUACCACCGGGCAUGAUGUUGCAUACAACAACCUAAAUCAGCAACAUCGUACCAUUUUGGCAGCUAGGACUGAUGGGGACUUCAACCACCACUCACAUUAAACAAUAUUAUAUGUUCCGCAUAUACAAUGGUGAUAAAUCUGUAGCAAGAAAUUUAUUACAUGUUCAUAAUAAUUUUGUACU